AUUAUAUUUUUGAAGAUUUUCUUUGCACUCUUAGUUAUUUAACCUAUAGAGACCUUGAUUUUGAAAGGUGGCUUGCCGGAAAUGCGAACAGAUCGCUCGCGCACAGGAAGCGCGCAUACACAGAGAUUGCUGAUAGAAGGAGACACGGAACCAUGCGGUCACGGAUUCACGGAUGUGAAUUAUAUUAUUAAGGCAACUGUAAAGUUAAUUUAGGCAUCUAGUCGCUGUUUGUUUUUAUUUUAGUAGUAUUUGUUUUGCAUCUGUUGUUUUAGCACCUGGUUGGAAAGGAGUACAAGCUCUUACGGUGUUGUGACGGUGUUGUGACGGUGUUACGGACAAUAAACAGACAACAUCAGUGAGAGAGCGACUUUUCUUUAUUCAACCGGGCUGCUACAGUAAGAGCUUUAUCUCAUUGAUUCCAUUUGCUGAUGUAAAUGAUGACAGACCAUGGAUCCAAGUCGUGCACUCCUGUGAAAGAAAUGGAAGCAUUAAACAUCCUACCUUCUCAAAGCAAAGAUAAAGAUGAGGAGAUGGAAGAACAUUCUGAUGGUGUAAAGACAGAUGAAGUACGUCGCUCUGGUCGUGAACGAAUUCCAACAGAAAAGAUGCUCGCGUAUCAAAGAGAGGAGUCACAAAAGGCAGAGAGAAGGCUCAUGCGCGCAUAUGAGCAAUGGAAAGCUGAGGCUCGAAAGGCAAGAGGGCAGCUGAAAACGGACAUUUCCGAGAGUCAGCUAGCAACACUUAUAGACACAUUGGAAAACGAAAGAGACAAUGUAAUGAACGCAUACACGAGACUUCGAAGUAAUGUUACUCCUCCCAAUGAAACAAGAAGACGGAUUGAUGCCUGUGACGCUGUGACAAAGGAUAUAGUAAAGAUUGCUUAUGAGAGGAUCUCAGGUGUUGAUGGAGACAUAGACGGUGAAAGAGUAAGAGGAAGUCUUCGUGAAUUGCUUGAUCGAGAUUAUGCUCGCUCCGUCUAUGGUUCUACAGUCUCACGUAUCAGCUCCAAGUCAAGUACACCCAUAAGUCAACCUUCACUGAAUUCCAUGCUGAUGGCUAAACGAAUAGAGGCAGAAGCAGAGCUUGCAGCAAAGGAAGCAGAAUAUGCAACAAUAAUGGAGGAAAAAGAACAAAAGGAAAGAAUCCAACUUCUAGAAGAAAAGCAAAGAAGAGAACUUGAUGCACAAAGGAGUGAGUUUGAAAGAUUACAAGCGGUAAAGGAGGUAAGAGCAGCUAGAGCCAGACUAAAGGUGUAUGACAAGGAAGACAUCAUUCCCUUUGCUAAUCAGAAUGACGGGCUGCAGCAACCUGUAAGCACUCCCACACAAGACCCUGUGUAUUCAUCCUCCAUUGAGCCAACACUCAAUGCAAAAGCAUCAUCACCAACUCCCAAUGCUGAUGUGUCUUACCUUGCACAGGCUGUUCAAGACAGUAUAACGCUGAACAGACUUCCUAUGCCAGAGCCUACAGUCUUCAGUGGUGACCCCAUUCACUUUAUUGAAUGGAAGGCUUCAUUUCAAUCACUCAUCGACAAAAGACAUAUCUCCUCAGCAGAUAAGUUAUACUACUUGAAGAAGUAUGUCACUGGUUCUGCUCGGAAAACUCUUGAAGGCAUGUUUUACAGAAAUGAUGAGGAAGCCUACAAGGAUGCAUGGAAAAGACUUCAGGAUCGCUAUGGACAGCCGUUCAUUGUACAAAGAGCAUUCCGAGAGAAACUCGCAUGCUGGCCCAGAAUCCAGCCCAAGGAUGCUGAAGGACUCAGAAAUUUCUCAGAUUUCCUGAAUGCAUGUAAAGACGCUAUGCCUCAUGUUAAGGGACUGGAAAUACUGAAUGAUUGUGAGGAAAAUAGAAAACUCGUCAGUAAACUUCCUGAUUGGGCUGCUGCCCGCUGGAAUCGUCAAGCUACUCAAACACUGAGUGAGACUCAAGAUUUCCCACCUUUCCAUGAUUUCGCUAACUUCAUGUCAGUUGAGGCUGAGGUAGCCUGCAACCCAGUCACUUCCUUCUAUGCUCUUCACACUUCUGAAGCUAAUAAGGAUAAACAGAACCUCAAGGUUAGUAAGAACAAAGCCAAUGUCUUCCACACAAAGAUGAUCACACAACAUGAGAACCCGAAGCACGCUAGUAAAGUCUCUAAAUCAUGUCUGUUCUGUCAAAGCAGUGAACAUCAAAUUCAUGAUUGCUUUAAAUUCUCUGCAAAGUCUCUUGAACAGCGGAGACAGUUCAUAAAAGAUACUAAUCUGUGCUACGGAUGUUUGAAGCUCGGUCACAGUGCCAGAGAUUGUCGUUCCAGACAUAGCUGUGAUACCUGCAAGGGAAGACAUCCUACCUGCUUACACGAUGACAGCUUCAUUAGAAGGGUGAAGUCCUCCUCUGCCCAAAGCCCAGAGAACACACACGAAAAGGUUGUGACAACGUCUUCAAGUGUAGAAUCUGGAUGCACUUUUGCUAACACCUCAAUGAUUGUGCCAGUGUGGUUGUCCUCACAAAAUGACCCAGCCUCUGAGAAACUCGUCUAUGCUCUGUUAGACACACAAAGCGACACUGUCUUCGUCGAUUAUGCAGUAAGUCAAAGUCUAAAGGUUGACUCAUGCCCAGUGACACUUAGGCUCACUACCAUGGUUGGAAGAGAUUCGUUGAUAUCUAGUGAAAGAGUUUCCGGUCUUCGAGUCAGAGGUUUUAAUUCUACGGUAAUUCUAGACCUUCCCCCUGCAUAUACUAAGGAAUGUAUCCCUGUAGAUCGCACCCACAUCCCUACCAGUGAGACUGCCAGGUGUUGGAAACAUCUCGCUGCUCUGGCAGACCGAAUUCCCCUGCUUCAAGACUGUGAGGUUGGUCUAUUAUCAGGAUAUAAUUGUCCCAGAGCUUUAGCACCCAAAGAAGUGAUUCUUGGAGCAGACAAUGAGCCAUAUGCUGUUCGCACGGAUCUCGGAUGGAGCAUCGUGGGCCCUUCCUUGACACAUUGCGAGUCACAAAGCGGUGUUAGCAUGUGUCACAGAGUAUCUAUUAAGGAGAUUCCUUCUGUAACGCCAGCUGAUGUUAUCAAAUUGCUGGAGUCAGAUUUCAAGGAUACUAAAGAAAACACAAGAGUGGUGUCUCAAGAGGACAUUAUGUUCUUGAAUAAAAUGGAAGAAAACAUCAAAAUGAACGAAUACAGACAUUUGGAAAUGCCCCUCCCAUUCAAGAAAAGACCGUAUCUUCCAGAUAAUGAGCCUCUUGCUGUCAUGAGACUUCAACAUCUAAAACGGAGAUUAAUUAAGGACCAGGAGUAUAGAGAUCAUUAUGUGAAGUUCAUGGAAGACGUAAUAGAGAAUGGUGACGCAGAAAGAGUCAUUGAUGAAGGAAAGAAAGGAGAAAAAUGGUACAUCCCUCAUCAUGGGGUGUAUCACUCGAAGAAGCCAGGGAAAUUGCGUGUAGUCUUUGACUGCUCUGCCAGAUACAAGGGGUCCAGCUUAAACGAUCAUCUACUUACAGGACCUGACAUGAUGAACAGCCUGACUGGUAUUCUUUUGCGGUUCAGACAGUAUCCAGUGGCCUUAAUGUGUGAUAUUGAGCGGAUGUUUCACCAAUUCCAUGUUGACAAAGCAGAUCGAGAUUACUUACGAUUUCUGUGGUGGAAAAAUGGAGAUUUCGACUCACAGCCUCAAACGUUCCGCAUGAGAGUACAUCUUUUUGGUGCCUCGUCAUCCCCUGGAUGCGCUAACUACGGACUGAAACAUCUUGCAAGAGAAGGUGAACAUCUGUACCCCCUAGGUUCACAAUUCAUUAUGCAAGAUUUCUACAUGGAUGAUGGAGUCUCCAGUGUUGAAUGUGCAGAGAAGGCCAUCCAGUAUGUGCGAGAAGCUCGCCAGGUUUGCGCACUAGGAGGUUUAAGAUUGCAUAAGUUUGUGUCCAAUAACAAGGCAGUUUUGAAGAGUAUACCACCCUCUGAGUGUGCUGUGGACGUUACAGCUGUCAAUCUGUCCCUCACUGACCAGCCUUUGGAAAGAGCCUUGGGCAUUUACUGGCAUCUGGAACAUGAUAACUUCAGAUUUCGUGUCAACCUAAAGGACCAGCCAGCAACCCGUAGAGGCAUACUGUCUACAGUGGCCUCAUUGUUUGACCCCCUAGGGUUUCUUGCACCAUUCUUGCUCAAUGGAAAAGCUGUUCUGCAAGAAAUGUGCAGGAAUGGCAUGGGCUGGGAUGAUCCUUUACCUGAUGGUUUGCGGCCAAGGUGGGAGCAUUGGAAGGCUGAUCUUGAAAACUUAGAGGAGAUUAAGGUGCCUCGUUGUAUUGUGCCUGCUGGAUUUCAGAGAACCACAAAGAGAGAAAUUCAUCACUUCUCGGACGCCAGCACGAGAGGAUAUGGCCAGUGCUCAUACCUUAGGCUCGAGAACGAACAAGGUGAUGUCCAUUGUUCUUUGCUCAUGGCAAAAUCUAGAGUAGCCCCACUUAAGGUAACAACAAUCCCUCGGUUAGAGUUGACUGCUGCGGUUGUGUCAGUUGCUGUGAAUGAUAUGUUAAAGGAAGAAAUGAACCUUGCAGAUGCAGAGGCAUUUUUCUGGACUGACUCUCAAGUGGUGUUAGGCUAUAUAAACAACGAAGCUCGCCGCUUCCAUACGUUUGUCGCAAAUCGAGUUCAGAGAAUUCAUCACAGUACAACUCCUCAACAGUGGCGAUACAUUCCCUCAGAUGAAAAUCCAGCCGACUAUGCAUCACGAGGUAUGAGUGUCAAUGAUCUUGUCACUUCCAGCUGGUUCAGAGGACCGAACGUCUUGUGGGAAAGGCAAAUGGCUUCCCCUGUGGAUGUUAACACACAACUUCCAAUUGGAGACCCAGAGGUCAAGAAGGCUCAGUCACUGAACACGCAAACGGUACAGUAUUCCUGCUUAUCCAACCGUCUCACGAAGUUGUCCUCAUGGUCCAAAGUCAUCCAAGCAGUUGCACGUCUACUUCGUCAAGUCAGGAAAGACAAGUCAAGUGACCACAGUACAGUGGCAGAACGUGAGGAUGCUAAGUGCAUCAUCAUCAAGGACUUACAGAGUCAGACAUAUGAAGAAGAGAUAGCUUUACUCUGUAAGGGCAAGCAACUCUCACACAACAACAGGCUAUGUAAUCUAGAUGCUUUUGUCGACCACGACGGAUUGCUCAAGGUGGGAGGAAGGCUUUGCAACUCUUCUGUCCCUAACUCCAUUAAAUAUCCAGUAAUAAUUCCAAAGGAACACCAUCUUACAAAACUUCUGAUCGCCGAUUGUCAUGAGAAAACUGAGCAUCAAGGAAAAGGCUUGACUAUAAAUGAGAUCAGAUCAAGAGGAUAUUGGAUAACAGGAGUAAAUAGGACGGUAGCCUCCUUUGUACGACGGUGUGUGAGAUGUCGCAAGCUUCGCAGACCCACAGAAGAGCAAAGAAUGGCCAACCUGCCCUCAGAGCGUACAGAUCCAUCGCCUCCAUUCACGUACUGCGGAAUGGAUGUUUUUGGUCCGUUCAUCACCAAACAAAGCCGUAAAUCGUACAAGAGGUAUGGACUUCUCUUUACCUGUUUCUGUUGCAGAGGCAUCCAUAUUGAGAUGUUGGAUGACAUGUCCACGGACGCCUUUAUCAAUGGUCUGCGCUGUUUCUUCGCUAUCAGAGGAGCAGUUCGUCUAAUAAGGUGCGACCAAGGCAGUAAUUUCAUUGGAGCUAAGAAUGAGUUUGCUAAGGCCAUGAAAGAAAUUGACACCAAUCGUCUGGUAACGUUCUUAGCAGGAAAACAAUGUGACUUUGUCUUCAACGCACCCCAUUCAAGUCACACAGGAGGAGUUUGGGAGAGACAGAUUAGAACUGUGAGAAGUGUUCUUCAUUCAACUCUGUCCUUAUCUUCUGGAAGGCUUGAUGACUCUUCCCUUCGGACCUUCUUCUACGAGGCUAUGGCAAUUGUAAAUAGCCGACCGCUCACAGUAGACAAUCUGAAUGAUCCUAAGAGUCCUGAGCCUCUUACCCCAAAUCACCUGCUCACUUUGAAAACUACCCAAGCUUUACCACCCCCUGGCAAGUUUGUGAGAGAAGAUGUAUAUGCUCGCAAAAGAUGGCGCCAUGUCCAAUACUUAGCGGAGCAAUUUUGGGGCCGUUGGCAGAAGGAGUAUGUGUCUAACAUUGCAACAAGGCAACGCUGGCUUACUCCAAGAAGGAACAUGCAAGUUGGAGAUAUAGUCUUGGAGAAGGCAGACGAUCUGCCCAGGAAUGAGUGGCGCUUGGCAGAAGUUAUUGAGACAGUGGUUGACAAGGAUGGCUUGGUGAGAAGAGUGAAGAUACGUUUUGGAGACAGAAAACUGGGGAAGGAUGGUAAAAGUCUGAACAAACCUUCAAUAGUUGAUCGCCCAGUACAGAAGCUGGUCCUGCUGCUAGAGGCAGCCUGAUCUUCCUGACAUAUCCUUUGAUUUAGGCAGUUCAUAGUGGAAUAUGUUUCAGUUUUUCUUUUACAUCUAGCCUUAAACAUGAGUAAUUUAUUUUAGAAAUCAUUUGUGAUUAAAGUUUAAGAUUCAUAGUCACUCAUGAUUUGGUUGGAGUGUAAAUAACCUUCA